UAGAGGCGGCUCGUGUUGACGGCUGCUUUACUCCACGAACUACGGUGGUGCAAACAUCGUCCGUCUUUUUCCUUGUAUUAAUUGAUUAAGGUUUUAGCGCUUCUCAGAAGUUGACAGUCGCGGCUAUGCAGUCUGAAUCGGGAAUAGUUCCAGACUUCGAGGCUGGAGAGGACCUCCAGGACGAGCCUAAAACCUACUACGAGUUGAAGAGUCAGCCCCUGAAAAACAGCAGCCCGUCGGACCAGCAUGGUGCCUCCAAGCCCCCGCUGAGCUCCUCGGCCAUGACAUCACGCAUCCUGCUGCGGCAACAGCUAAUGCGGGAGCAGCUCCAAGAGCAGGAGCGGCGGGAACAGCAGAGACAACAGUCCUCCCACUACCCACAAACUACAGCGACUCACACCCCCGCUAUCAAUGUCAGUGUCCCUGUCAGUGUAUCAGCUGGAGCACAGGUGCCAAUGGAGGUGCUUAAGGUUCAGACUCAUUUGGAAAAUCCAACCAAGUACCACAUCCAGCGCUCGCAGCAGCAGCAGGUGAAGCGGUACCUGGGAAAGCUUGGUUCCCAGGCGUUGAGCUUGCCCUGCCCCAACCAGUCCUCUGACCACGGGGGCAUGCCGCCAGGGCUGGGCAACAGCGCCCCCAACAGCCCUAUGGCCUUACUGACCCUCAACUCUAACUGCGAGAAAGAGAUGGAUGAUGUCAUUGACGACAUUAUUAGUCUGGAGUCCAGUUACAGUGAUGAGAUCCUCGGCUUGAUGGAUCCUGGACUGCAAAUGGCAAACACGAUCCCUGUAUCUGCUAACCUCAUGGACAUGUACGGUAAUCAGGGCAUGCCUCAGCAGGGCCUGCCCAUCAGUAACUCCUGCCCUGCCAAUCUUUCCAACAUCAAAAGGGAAUACUCAGUGUCUCAAUCCCCAUCCAUCAUGCACAUGCUGGACAAGUCUGGAUCCUGUGGAAAAUUUGACACCUAUCAAAGGCCAGAAGGAUUUCCUGUGGAAGUUGAGGUAAGAGCCCUCGCAAAAGAAAGGCAGAAGAAAGACAACCAUAAUUUGAUUGAAAGAAGACGUCGGUUUAACAUCAAUGAUCGUAUCAAGGAGUUGGGGACUUUGAUUCCAAAAUCCAAUGACCCAGACAUGCGCUGGAACAAAGGCACCAUCCUGAAGGCAUCAGUGGAUUACAUCCGAAAGCUGCAGCGUGAACAGCAGAGGGCCAAGGAGCUGGAGAAUCGCCAGAAAAAACUUGAGCACGCCAACCGACAUUUGAUGCUCAGAAUACAGGAGUUGGAGAUGCAGGCUCGGGCUCACGGUCUGGCCAUCACAUCCUCAGCACUCUGCUCUGCCGAAGUUGGGGUGCGGCCCAUUAAGCAGGAGCCCGCUCUGGAGGACUGUCAACAAGACCUGUACACACUCCACCCUCAUCACCAACACCACCCCGCCUGCACUCCAGAGCAACCCAGCACGCUGGAGCUGACCGAAGGUCACUCCAACUUCCCGGAUGGCCACUACGGCAGUGUUCACGGCAAAGCAGGAUCCAAACUCAAUGACAUCCUCAUGGAAGACAACUUAUCACCUGUCAGAGGUGGGGACCCUUUGCUCUCUUCCGUCUCCCCAGACACUUCAAAAGACAGCAGUCGCAAGAGCAGCGUCAGCAUGGAUGAGAAUGAAGAAGGCUGUUAGCGCACCCUAGUGGUAGACACCUUUUCUGUAUCUUUAAUCCCUCCAUCUUGCCAGAAAACAAGAGGCUAACACAGUUGCAGUUAUUUUUUUUAUUUUUUACCUUUCUUUUCAUUUUUAUGUUUACAUGUUGUAUCGCCUCCAUUUCAUUCUUUUUUUUCCUAUUGUUUGUCUUUCUAAGCUUUCAACCUUGAUUGCAAGGACUAAUUUCAAAGUAUUUUCUUUAAUCAAUGCUUUGGUGACAAUGAGUUACAAAAAUUAGAUGUUUUUAUAUUUACAAACUAUACAUUUAUCUUUCGAUAGAGAUUAGAUUGUUUUUUUCUAUCGAUUCCAAAGAAUCUAGGGAAACUAUAAAUCACAGUCAGAGGUGUAGAUAUUUGUGGUGAGGUCAACACUGCUUUGAAAAUCAGUAGCAAUAAUAGAAAGAAGGAUAUUUAUUACUAUAGUGCUUUACACUCCUUGUGUCUUAGAUUGAACUUGAAUGUGCCGAUGCCUUAUUAAAAAGUUUGUACAUUAUUGUUGUAUUGCUAUGCACACAUUAGGUGAUUCUCUGUCAGUCUUCCCAGUUAAAUUACUUGCUUGAUAAAUAUUAAAGUUUGUUGAUUUUAUCCUA